AUGUGGGUCGUUUUAGUCGUUGGCAUUCUCAAGAAAGAAUACCGCGGUGGCCGAAUUUACAAUGUCAAGAAGCGUCUCGCUGCUCUACCAGUACAGCUGAGCGCCUUGUUCAAAGAAAUCAUAUUAAGAGACAAGGAGCACCUGGACGAUCUUCGGCUUUGCGUACAGUGGAUUCUGUUUGCAAAGCGUCCGUUAAAGCUAGAAGAGUAUUAUUUCGCCAUGGUAUCUGGACUGAGUCCAGAGGCGCUGCAAUCAUGGGACCCAGACGAAGUUUCCAAAGACGACAUGAUCAAACUGGUUCUAAGUUCGUCGAAAGGACUUGCAGAGACGACUGGGUCUCGAGUACAAAGGGCUCAGUUCAUUCACGAAUCAGUGCGGGAAUUCUUUCUCAAAGAUGGCCUGGACCAGCUAUGGCCGGGGCUCAAUACGGACAGCUUUGAAACCUCGAGCCAUGCUCAGCUGCAGCAAUGUUGUUAUGCGUAUCUCUCGUCUGGUAUUUCAGACUAUAUGCCCUCAACACUGCCGACGGCGGCUUCUAAUAAAGCAAAGCUACUACGUGCUUCCAUAUCAGAAAGCUUUCCAUUCGUUACAUACGCCACGCACCAUAUUUUCUACCACGCCGACGCUGCAGCCAAGUCAGUUUCACAGAUUGAGUUUUUAUCCAGUUUUCCACUCAUUAUGUGGAUUACUGCUAUCAACGCCUUUCAAGUACGCGAUAUCCGUCGCUAUACACCUGGUGCAAGCUUCUUGUAUAUCUUUGCAGAGAACAAUUUCGCACAACUCAUGAAAGCUGCACUGGAUCUAGACCCAAGCAUUGAGAUCAAAGGACAACGCUAUAAAUAUCCACUAUUUGCUGCUCUUGCCAAUGGUAGUAAGGAUGCAGUCAAAGUCAUGUUGCGGACAAAGGCCGGUAGCCCACCUGACCACGUUCUUGGGCAGCUAAAAUAUGGGCGACAUAUGCAGAUUGGAGAGCGUCAGACACUAGUAUCGUGGGUCGCCACAAAAGGGGAUGAACCUCUUGUACGGCUCUUUUUUGAAAUAGGCUGUAACUUUGAGGCAACGGAUGAUAAGAAACAAACUCCACUAAUGCAUGCAGCUGAACAUGGACGCGAGAGUGUUGUACGACUUCUUCUUGACAGAGGUUGUUAUCUUGAGGCCAAAGAUUAUCGCAAACGAACGCCACUAAUGUUCGCAGCUAAACACGGACAGGAGGGUAUUGUACGGCUCUUUCUUGAGAGAGGGUGCGACAUUGCGGUUAAGGAUGGUAGUCUGACAACUCCACUGAUGUUGGCGGCUCAAAAUGGACACGAGGCUACCGUACGGCUUCUUCUUGCGGGGGGCUGUGACCUUGAGGCGAAAGAUGAGGAGGCAAGAACUCCACUAAUUCAUGCAGUUCAGAAUGGGCAUGAACGUACUGUGCAAGUUCUUCUGGAGAGAGGUUGUAAUAUUGAGGCGAGGGACCUUUGGCAACAAACCUCACUGAUGCACGCAGUUGAACAUGGAGAUGAGAGUAUCGUGCGGCUCCUCCUCAAGAACAAUUGCGAUAUUAAAGAGGGAGAUAAUUAUCAGAAAACUCCAAUGAUGUAUGCUGCUAAACACGGAAAUGAGAGAAUCUUGCAGCUUCUUCUUGAGAGCGGCUGUGAUGUUGAAGCAGGGGAUUGGCGGCAAACAACUUCACUAAUGUACGCAGCUCAAGCAGGACAUGAGGGUAUCGUAAGAAAACUGCUCGAGAAUGGGGCAAAUGUUGAUGGAAAGAAUAGCAAUGGCGAAAUGGCACUACUACAGGCUUCUAUUUUUGGACAUAAAACUAUUAUACGACUAUUAUUGGACCAGGGAGCAGAUGCUGACCCAAGAGACAGCAGGGACGGGGAUACACCACUGCUUAUCGCCUCUCGCCGAGGUGAUAAGACUAUUGUGCGACUGCUACUCGACAAAAAGGUAUAUAUCGAUACAAAGCGUUAUAACGGUCGAACGGCAUUAAUGGAGGCUUCCAAUAGGGGCAAUGAGCCUAUUAUACGACUACUGCUUGAGAGAGGCGCGGAUAUCACCUUGAGAGAUGCCGAGGGCCAUACAUCGCCCUGUCUUGCUAAAGAAUGGAGGUAUACGGCAGUGGUACGACUACUACAGAGUAAAGGUGCCGGUGAUGUUGUUUGUUGUAAUUGA